UUACUUGUGUUUUUCCUCCAAUUAACGCAAUGCAUAAUAACAGAUAUCAUAAGAAAAAUUUUAUAUAUUAAGGAAGCACAACGUACAAAAAUGGUGGCGUUUACCGAGAAGUUGGGGGUUUGUGAUAGUGUUGGAUUGGUGGCAACGAUAUGGCGAAAAUUAAAAAAGUUUGGUGUGGAUUCUCUUCCAAAGAUUUGUUUCCCAUGGUCAUGCCUUGUGCCCCAUUAUCAUCAUCAUGAUUGCCAUUAUCAUCGGCCAUGUGUCGAAGUCUCGGGGCCACGUGAUAAAGGCCCUCCAGUGAAAGUUGAAUUAAGGAUAUGGCCAACUCAGUCUGUGCUCUUCCCUUGCGGUUGCGACAUCGAUGCUCAGGAAAAAGUUUGGUUAGUAGAUGUUAUCGGCUUCUCUGUUGGCUCGUUUCUGUAUCGUUGGCAGUUGGUUUUCUUGUUGAUUAACUUUGCCAGUGGUAGAGAACACUUCGUUUCUUCUCCUUGUUUGUAAAUUUUCCUUCUAUUCAAAUUAAUGAAAACCCUUUCUACAAAAAAAAGAAGAAAAAAGAAUUAAGGAUAUGGAUCAACAUU